CGGCGGAUCCAAGUUCCGUGAGCAAAAUUGAGGCAUUGAUAAGAUAACCAACAUGGGUUUUGGCUGGAACUUGCCAUUGAUCGAUCCAUCUCAAAUUUUGCUUUUACUUUUUAAUAAAAUAAUCGGAUUUUGUUUGAUUGUAUUGGGUACAUACAUUAUCAGCGUGAUCAUGGUAACAUUUCGACCUAUUAAUCGGGAGAAGAUCGACAUUUCUUCAAAGGCACUUAAGAAUUUAGAAUUAUUAAAAUCGCAGGGAUGUGGGGAAUCCAAGCAAACAAACUCGAAUGAUAAUAGCAAUGGCUCAUCAAAUCAAGUGAGGGCCACCAGCCAGCCACCAAAUUCUACUCAUUCCGCACCCGUAAAACUAGUCCAACCUAAAUCCCCUCUUGACGAACUAAUUGACAGGAUCAUCGCUUUGGAACGUAAGGUAAAUGCAUUCGACACGGUACAUUUUUGCCUCGAGUAUCGGCAGCUGCUUGAGGAAGGAGCCCAAAUCCAAAUCGCAUUGGAUAAGGUGGACAUUUCCGGUGGUGAGGAUGUGAGGGCUAAACGCAAGAAUGGAAUAAUCCGCUCAGAAAUAGCAGUUACCUCAUUAUCUGAAAAGGUUCAUAAAACCGGUAAAUGUAGCGAAUGUACUUAAUACAUUGUGCAACACUGCGUAGUAUUACAUUAUAAAAGCAUCAGAGUAUGUGUUUUAAUGACUAAGCAGACAUUAAUGUAUUUUCAUAUGAACCAAAAUAAUAAAGCCUUAGCCAAUCGCAAUUUGCUGGAUGAUA